AUGACGAUCAACUACGUCGCAGAGUCAGCCGAGGGUAGUAUCCUAGUAGCGCAACUUGUGAGCCGCUACUUUCGCCCAGGAGGUAUUGUUAAGGGUUUUGUAAGGCUUGUAAGUAAACUAGAUACUCCUGAUGCAUAUUCAGAGAUCGCAUACGUAGUCGCUCAAGUCCACGGCCACGUUACAGUAAACAGUAAUCUACUGACACUUCCAGUGGUCCACGUACAAUCAACUGGGUCUACCUCACACAAUGAACAAGAGAAAUUAGAGUGUAAUCCAGGAGAUAAUGCUGCACUAUUCGAUAAGACAGGUGUGGGGCUGCCAGACGUGCGCAAGUUUACAGGGGACACGGGCACAUGCAUCUUCUACUCGGCACCGUCGGUUCUUUUUUCCGAUAUCAACAUUGCACAAACUCAAUCGAAGGUGGAUGCAGCCAGUCAACAAGUGAAAGGAGUGAUUGGUCCUGUUUCUGUGGCUGAAGCUGCACAUGAGGAGACGAUAGAGCGUUGUACGCGAGAGUUUGCGUUCGCACUCCCCCAGCGAAUUUGUCCGACCUUUUGCGGUUCCUCUGCCAGAGUAUUGUACAUGAUUUCUAUCACAGUCCAAUGUGCGAUGGCUGGAAGUAAACCGGUGUCUGUACACUUGCCAUUUGAAGUCUAUGGCUCCGAGUACUUUUUCCAGGCUAGCACGGUUGCUAGUGCUAACCACAUCGCGGCAAGUCAGCACGAAAACGAUGGUGACACUUUACCAGAAGAUAAAAGUGCCAAACCCGCCGCCCCAAAGCAGCAUAAUGUAGGUGGUACUACUCGCGUUGGGCGACUUGCCUCUGAGGCGCCAGUACCCGUUGGGGUGCGCAAAGGCAACGAGAUUGCGUUUGAGUUGCGUCCAUUGCUCAUUCACGGCCGUGUAGAAACAGAUCUGAUGCAGCGCGCGCAGACGAGCAUCUUUACCAUUGGCAAGGAUAAAAGUCACCUUGUGCGCUUUGUGCUUACGAAACAAUUUUACCAGCCAGGUGAAGUUUUGUUGGGCAUCUUUGACUUCACUCAUGCCAGCAUUCCGUGCUAUGAGGUAUCAGCUACGCUCUGCCUUGAAGAGACUCUUUCGUCAAUGGCGUUGGAUCCCGACCGCGUUGUUCAGUCCAAAAUAUUUGGUACAUUUCGUGAGCAUACGUUGGGUGUUUUGCAUACAAAUGCGCAGUUUAGUAUUCCGCAUGACGCGCUACCGACUAUCAAGACGGACCUAGUACGCUUCCAGUGGCUUCUACGCUUCGAGUUCUCCGCAGGUACACCUUCGGCUUUGCUAACAGACUCAAGCAUCGGAGCCGCACGACAGCGUCAAUCAUUUCAGUGGCACGUGCCAAUCGUCGUGCAGCCUGGACUGAUCACAGAGUAUAGAUCUCAUGCUAAUGUACCACACAAGCUCUACUCUGGGAGCAUUCGUGUAGUAUCGCUGUCCGGAAUAUCCUCGUCUUGA